AGGACCCACCAGAGCCUCCACAAAUAAAAAAGGAGUGGAGCCCCAGUCUGGAUCAGGAGGACCCAGCAGAGCCGCCAUACAUUAAAGAGGAAAAGGAGGGAGAUCAACUUCGAGGACUGGAGGAGGCUGAUAUCACCAAGUUCCUAUUCACUCCUGUCGCUGUGAAGAGUGAAGAAGACGAUGAAGAGACACCUCAGUCCUCACAGCUUCAUGAAAGAUUAACUGAACAGAUGAAAAGAAACCCUGAUGGAGAGGACUGUGGACCAGAACCAGCCAGGAACUCCGAUCCAGAGAGACAUUUACAACCAGCUACUGAUGACAAGAUGUCACACUCGUCUGAAACUGAUGACAGUUGUGAUUGGGAGGAGACCAGGAAACCUCAAUCAGGUUCGAAACCUCUGCAAAGUGGAUGUAACACUGAUGAGAAACCAUUUGGAUGCUCUGAGUGUGGGAAACAAUUCAGCCAUAACUCAACUCUGAGACGACACAUGAGAUUUCACACAAUAGAGAAACCAUUAAGUUCAUUUAGCAGUAAAAGAUUUAUUCAAAGGAUAAGUCUGACACACCACAUGACACUCCGCAAGGGGGAGAAACAUCGGCAGGACUGUGGAGGACCAGAACCAGUCAGGAACUCAGAUCCAGAGGGACAUUUACAACCAGCGACUGGUGACAAGACUUCACGCUUCACUAAACCUGAGACUGAUUUGGAAGAGACCAGGGAACCUCAGUCAGGUUCAAACCCUCUUCCUAACAAUGAAGUAUCUGAACGUGAUCAGGAAUGUAGUACUGUAAAAACAUCAAGUAGCUCCUCUGAAUGUGCUACAAGCUCUGGUCACAAGGGACGUCUGCAGAAACACAAUGGACUCCAAAAAGGAGAGAAACCAUUUAGCUGCUCAGUUUGUGGAAAAAGAUACAUCUGGAAGAAGUCCCUAAAGAUUCACAUGAGAUUUCAUUCAGAAGAAAAAGGUUUCAGCUGCUCAGUUAAAACCACUUUUCUAUGCAGAGGAGAUGUUGAGAAGCACAUCAGAAUUCACACUGAGGAGAAGAAACGAUACAGCUGCAGUGUUUGUGGCAAAAGAUUCACUAGGCGUUGCAUGGUCAGACACCAUCAGUGUGCUGGUCGUCAGUCUUCCCAUCUUCAUAAAACCCAAACUGAAGAGAACAGAGAUGCAGAGCAUUUGAAAGCAGAAACUGAUGGAGAGGACUGUGGAGGACCAGAACCAGCCAGGAACUCGGAUCCAGAGGGACAUUUACAACCAGCGACUGGUGACAAGAUUUCACACGUCACUAAACCUGAGACUGAUUUGGAAGAGACCAGGGAACCUCAGUCAGGUUCAAACCCUCUUCAAAACAAUGAAGUAUCUGAACGUGAUCAGGAAUGUAGUACUGUAGAAACAUCAAGUAGCUCUUCUGAAUGUGCUACAAGCUCUGGCCACAAGGGACGUCUGCAGAAACGCAAGAGAAUGCAAACAGUAGAUAAACUGUUUAGUUGCUCAGUUUGUAAAAAAAGUUUUAGUGACAAAAGGAAUUUGUCCAGACACAUGAAAAUCCACACAGGGGAGAAACUCUUCAGUUGUUCUGUCUGUGGUAAGACAUAUGUCCAAAAGGAACAUCUGAGACAACAUAUGGCAAUCCACACAGGGGAGAAAUCCUACGGUUGUUCUCUCUGUGGUAAAACAUUUGCACAAAAGUCACAUCUGAGACGACAUAUGGCAAUCCACACCGGGGAGAAACCUUUCAGUUGUUCUCUCUGCGGUAAAACAUUUGCACAAAAGUCACAUCUGAAACCACAUAUGGCAAUCCACACCGGGGAGAAACCUUUCAGUUGUUCUCUCUGUGGUAAAACAUUUGCACAAAAGUCACAUCUGAAACCACAUAUGGCAAUCCACACCGGGGAGAAACCCUUCAGUUGUUCUCUCUGUGGUAAAACAUUUGCACAAAAGUCACAUCUGAAACCACAUAUGGCAAUCCACACCGGGGAGAAACCCUUCAGUUGUUCUAUCUGUGGUAAAGCAUUUGCACGAGCAGCACAUCUGCAACCACAUAUGGCAAUCCACACAGGGGAAAAACCCUUCAGUUGUUCUCUCUGUGGUAAAACAUUUGCACAAAAGUCACAUCUGCAACCACAUAUGACAAUCCACACAGGGAGGAAAGCCGUCAGUUGUUCCGUCUGUGGUAAAACAUUUGCAUAUAAGACACAUCUGAGACAACACUUGAUUAGCCACAAGGGAGAAACCCUUUAGUUGGAGCAUUUUUGAUAAAACAUCCACUCGCCUCUAACAAACCUGAAACCACGUGUGCUGGUGAGAGCAGAGGAUGGAAAUGAAGCUGCAGAGAUGCUUGUUGAGCAGAUUCCCUCUAGCAGGAUUGAAGUACUGAGGUCAAGACUUGACUCAACACUGAUCAGUUCAGAACUGUGACACAGACUUGUGACACAAGUCUUGCUUCAUGCUUGUAGCCAAGUUAAAAUUUUAACAUGGUUUUUAUUUGUGUCACAUAACUUGUUCCAUUUCUGUGUACUGUGCUUUUUGGUGUUACAUGUAUUCAUCGAUUUAAAAUGGGUUAAAAUUGUGAUGCAUUUAUUCUGUUUUUUGUUUGUGGCUGCAGUUUUCUUAAGUAGCGUCAGUCCACUGUCCCUCAGAGGAGCCGGUCUGUUUCUGAUCCGCUCUGUUUGAUUGUAAAAAACACUUGUUCGAUACUUCCUGUAGCUGCAGUUUCUCCAGCAGCUGCUGCUAUAGAGUUGACUUUUACUUUGAUCCACUGCAGGAAGGUUACAGUUUUCACCGUUAAAAGCUCAACAUAUUGUAAAAGAAUUGCUGUUGGUUUAAGUCACUGUAUUCACAUCCAUUUGAUUGUAACGCAAUGAAUUUAUACUUGUUAUUUUUACUUUGCAAAGUAACUUUUGUGUAACUGUUGUUUAAGUGCUGCAUAAAUCAAAUGUUCUAUUAUAA